AAGUGUAUAAAAAAACAAAAAAAAAAAACAAAAGAAAACCCAAUUGGAAUUUGGGUUUGAGUUGCUACACUUGGGUUGGUUAGUGGGUGGGGAGUUCGAGAUGUCGGUGAGGUUUCAUGUUGGUGGGAAAGUGGUGGAUAUUGUUGAUUUGUUGAAAAAGAGACAUUGGUCAUGGCGCUUAGAUGUAUGGCCUUUUGCGGUGCUUUAUGCUGCUUGGAUAGUCACGGUACUACCUAGCUUGGACUUUGUGGAUGCUGCAAUUGUUCUUGGUGGCCUUGCUGUUCUUCACAUUCUGGUGUUCCUCUUUACGGGUUGGUCGGUGGAUUUCAGAUGCUUUGUCCAAUAUUCUAAGGUUAAAGAUAUUCAUCAAGCAGAUGCAUGCAAAAUAACUCCGGCUAAAUUCUGUGGUUCUAAAGAAGUUGUGCCACUUCAUUUUCGGAAGCUGGCAGGUUCUUCAUCCUCAGUGGAGGAAGAGAUUUAUUUUGAUUUCAGAAAGCAAUGUUUCAUCUACUCAAAGGAAAGUGAGACCUUUUGUAAGCUUCCUUACCCUUCCAAGGAAACAUUUGGCUACUAUCUCAAAAGUACUGGCCAUGGUUCUGAAGCAAAAGUCAAUGUUGCAACUGAGAAAUGGGGACGCAAUGUGUGGGUUUCUAUUCCUUUUAUUGUUACAUCUGUAUUUUUUGAAUAUUUGUAAUUAUUUGAAUUUACUGGAUACUUAUGAUUUUG